GGCUGGUGUGAGCAGUGUACUAACUAUAAAAUCAAGAUCAAACCUGAUAUUCUUGGUGAAAGCUUCUCUUUUGGUCUCAACCACGGGUUGUUCCAGUCUUCAUGUUGCUGUGGGCAACACUACUGGUCCUGGCUCCUACCAGUGGACAAUUUGCAACUGCACCCAAACCCGUGAUCUCCCUUCAUCCUCCAUGGACCACGGUUUUCCAAGGAGAGACAGUGACUUUGACUUGCAAUGGAUUUCACUUCUAUGCACCAAAGAAAACAAAAUGGUACACUGGGAACUAUAGGGGAAGAGUAUUGAGAGAGACUUCAGGAAACAUCCUAGAGGUUCGUGAAAAUGGGAGGUAUAGAUGCCAGGCUGAAAACUCACCUCUUAGUGACCCUGUGCUCUUGACCUUUUCUGCAGCUCCACUGAUCCUGCAAGCUCCACUUUCUGUGUUUGAAGGAGAUUCUGUGGUUCUAAGGUGCCGGGCAAAGGAAAAAAUUCAACCAGACAAUGUGAAAUUUUUUAAGAAUGGUGAAUUACUGGCACCACUUGAUGAAAACACUGAGUUCAACAUUCACCAUGCAAGCCUGAGGGACAAUGGACAAUAUCUUUGUACUGGAAAUGAGAAAAAUCGUAGCUACCAUUUUUAUUCUGAAAGCAUCAGAAUCCAAGUCCAAGAGCUGUUUCCACGUCCUGAGCUGACUGCCAGCCUCUCUCAGACCAGAGAUGAGAGCCACGUGACCCUGUCCUGUAAGACCCAGCUCCAUCCGCAGAAGUCAAACGUUGGCCUUCAGUUCUGCUUCUUCAGAAACAACCAGGCCCUGGAGUCAGGCUGCAGCAACUCCCCGAGACUCCAGAUUUCUGCCAUGUGGAAUGAAUAUUCAGGUUUCUACCAGUGCAAGGCAGGGACAGGGAUUUCCGGUGUUUGGAAAGAAAGCCAGAUAUCCCAAAUUCAUAGGCAGACAACGCACUGCCAAGAUUCCCAUACAUGUCAAUUUUAUUUGAUUAGGAGUUGCUGCCAAAGUCCAAAUACCCUAGAAGGGGACCUAAAGCCUAUCAAUUUCUCCUGGUUUAAAAAAGUCGGGGAGAAGAAGAAAGUAAUGGUAUCCUCAGAAGCAAAAUUCAACAUCUUGGUAGUGCAAAGCAGUGACGCAGGGGAGUAUAAUUGCAAAACUGGAUGGAUUACCAGCAAGCCAGUGAUCGUCAAUGUGAAAGUCCCUGUGUCCCAGCCGGUGCUCAACUUCAGCCCUAGGAAAACCCACAUCCUGGAGGGAGACCAGGUGAAAUUCCACUGUGGUGUCAGGAGAGGAUCUCCCCAAAUCUUAUACCAACUUUUUCGUGAAGAUAUACUUCUUCAAGAGACAAAAAGCAGUUUAAAUUCAGCCAGCUUCUCUUCAAAUGUAUCACAGACUGGGAACUACUACUGCACAGUUAACAAUGGCUUGGGCCCCAACCGCAGUAAGGCCCUGACGCUCUUUGUCGUAGUUCCAGUGUCCCAGCCGGUCCUCACCCUCCACACCACUGAAGCCCAGACUAUAGAAGGAGAUGUCCUAACACUACACUGUGAAGCCCACAGAGGUUCUCUCCCUGUCCUGUACCGGUUUUAUCAUGAGGACAUCUUCCUGAACAGCAGAAAAGUCCCUCCUGGAGUUGGAGCCUCCUUCAGCUUCUCUCUGACCGCAGAGCACUCUGGGAACUACUACUGCACAGCGGACAACGGCUUUGGCCCUCGGCGCAGUGAGACCAUGAGUCUCUCUGUCAUUGUUCCAGUGUCCCUCCCAAUCCUCACUCUCAGGAUGCCCAGAGACCAGGCUGUGGUGGGGGACAUGAUGGAGCUUCACUGUGAGGCCCAAAGAGGCUCUCCCCCAAUCCUGUACCAGUUUUACCAUGAGGAUGAAAUCCUGGGAAGCAGCCAAGCCACCUCUGGAGGAGGAGCAUCCUUUAAACUUACUCUCACUGAAGAGCAUUCUGGAAACUACCUCUGCGAGGCCAGCAAUGUUCAGAAGGCCCAGCGCAGUAAUACGAAGAUACUCAGUGUCAAAGUUCCAGUAUCUCGCCCUGUCUUCACCCUCAAGGCUCCCAGGGCCCCAGCUGUGGUGGGGGAUGUGGUGGAGCUUCGCUGUGAGGCCCUGAGAGGCUCUCCCCCAAUCCUGUACCAGUUUUAUCAUGAGGAUGUUAACCUUGGAAACAGUCCAGCUCCCUCCGGAAGCGGAGCAUCCUUCAACCUCAUUCUGACUACGGAACAUUCUGGAAACUACUCCUGUGAAGCUGACAAUGGCCUUGAAGUCCUACACAGUGAGGUGAUGACACUCAGAGUUACAGUUCCAGUGUCCCGCCCUGUCCUCACUCUCAGUGCCCCCAGGGCCCAGGCUGUGGUGGGGGAUGAGAUGGAGCUUCAUUGCGAGGCCCUGAAAGGCUCACCCCCAAUCCUGUACCGGUUUUAUCAUGAGAAUGUCACCCUGAGGAACGACUCGGCUUUCUCUGAGGGAGGAGCAUCCUUCAAACUCUUCUUGACUGAAGAACAUUCUGGAAACUACUCCUGUGAGGCUGACAAUGGCCUGGGAGCCCAGCACAGUGAGGUGGUGACACUUUUUAUCACAGGGCUGACCGAGAACAGAAGCGGUGCUGUAGCUACAGGAGUCACUGGGGCACUACUCAGCAUGGUGGGCCUUGUUGCUGGAGCGCUACUGUUUUACUUCUGGCUCUCAAGAAAAGCAGGAGAAAAGUCUGCCACUGAUGUCUCCAGGAGUCCUUCAGAUUCUCAACCCCAAGAGACGACCUACCACAAUGUACCAGCCUGGAUAGAACUGCAACCAGUAUACAUCAAUGUAAAUCCUAGAGAAGGAGACGUGGUUUACUCGGAAGUACAAAGAAACCAGGAGAAAAAUAAACAUACAGCAGCCUCCACACCCAGGAGUCUUAGGAACAAGGAGUCCUCUGUCAUCUACUCCCAGGUGAAGGUGGUCUGCACCCCAGCCUCCAGGGACCAGCAACCCCUGGAAUCCUCACAGAUGAGUUCACGUGACUUCUCAGCUGCAGUUUCAAACUCUGCGUCCCAGUGCUCCCAUGGGGGAGGGGACUAUUGA